CAAGUUACAGAUAUAGUACUAGCAUGCUGCCAAACUUUGCAGAACCCCACACCAUCCUUUAUUUUCUCUUUACUUCUCACUUCUGUCCCUAACAUUAGGGGCUACCAUACCCAUACCUCACCACCAAUAUUCCCUUCUUUUCUUUCAUUCAACAAAACCACAUCCACAUUCUCAUUCACUUCACUUCACCUGCACACCAUGUUACUGACAAAAUGCUUCAGCAAGAUCUUGUUCAUUUUCUUCAUAAUUCCUUGCUCUAUUAUGUCCCUUCCUAUACCAGAUGCAGCAAUGGUUCAAACUGUCGCAACAAAUUCAUCUUCACAAGGAACUAUCCCUGCUUUCCCUGAACAAGCUGAUAUUGCAAGAUGUCCUUUAUCUCUGUCAGAUGAUCACUUCAACGGAAUCAAAAACGCAUGCAGUAUCAAAUCCAAUAAACAUGGUGGUGAUUCUUAUGAUAAGCUUCAGCAUAGUAGAUGUUGUCCUGUGCUAGCUGCUUGGUUAUAUUCUGCAUAUUCUGCUACUGCUCUUGGAACUGGAAGGGUUUCUUCUGGUUUGGAACAUGGACAUGCUACUGCGUCUUAUGAUAUGCCUUUGUUACCGGAUGACUCUGAAACGUGUGAGAGUGAUUUGGGAAGAGCUUUGAAAGUUAGAGGAAUUGAGCUUUUUCAACCUAAUGAGACUUGUGAUGUGGUUUAUUGUUAUUGUGGUAUUAGGCUUCAUCCUUUAAGUUGUUCUGAAUCGUUUAAGGUUACUCAUAGUGGAAAUCUUGUUGGAGAUGAAAAUGUGAAGAGAUUGGAGAGAAAUUGUUUGAGUAGUAGCAAUGAUGUUAAUGGAUUUCCUGGUCUAGGAGGUUGCUCUAAGUGCUUGCAUAGCCUCUAUUUGCUUAGAAAGAAGACUUCAAAUUCAAGCAAAACAGGAGACAGAACAACAAAGAUCCAUAACAAAGAUUGUGAACUAAUGGGAUUAACAUGGCUUUUAGCUAAAAAUAGAACAGCUUAUAUUCACACGGUUUCUUUGGUUCUUCGCGCCUUGAUGUUGAGUCCUGAUGGAUCUGAUCCACAAUCAUGCACUCUUAAUAGCGAUGGAAUGCCUCUUGCUGUUGAUUCAUCUGAAAUGUAUGAUCAAUCUUCAUCAACUAAUCUCAAAUCAUCAAUCUUUCUUUCUUUGUUGGUUCUAUGUUUUGUACUAGUUAUGCAUUUCAUUCAAUUAUCCACCUAAGUUGAGAACAAAAAGAUUGAUCUCUAUCUUGGCAUUUUGUAAAUUUGAAUAUUAGCUUUUGUGUCAAGCUUCUAGGAGUGUAAUUCUUAUUAGUUAUUAAUUUAAUUGAGUGGAGAUGUUUUUUAAGCAUUAAUGAGAAGUAUUUAUUGGUUUUGUCA